UAAACUUGGCACCUGUUGCGGUCAGAGCAGCACUUGCCUACACUGUCGAACAUAGUUCGGGUCGAAUCGAGAAUCGAGAAUGGUUUGUGGCCGAAAGUGCUCGUUUUUUUGCCUCUUCAUGAGCUCCUGGGCCUUCAUCAUGCUGAAUCUGCUAGGAAUUUUCUUCUUCGUCCGGUCGCUGAUGCUGCUGAAGGACCUCCCCUUGCCGUCUAAUUUUAGGGACCCGGAGGACUUCAAGACGAGGGCCGAGGAGGCCUACCACACAGUGUCCAUCCGAUGCUUCGUCACCGCCGUCGUCUAUCUGGGAUUCAUAUUCAUCUCGAUUAUCGCCAUACGCCAGGACCGCAAGAAGAGGCGCCGAAUCUACAAACGCGGCGCGAUGUUACCCCGACGUUGAUCUGCUUUUCUCCACGAUUGCUCGCUGAAUAAAGUGUAUAUUUUCAUGGCUCCAA